GCUAUAAAUAAAUUCUGAUCAGACGAGGCAGGCAGCGGCGGAUUCAUCAGCUACCUAAGCUCGCUAGCAGAUCGAUAGAUAUAUAGCUGGAAUCGAUCCACUGCACUGCAUCCAUCAUCAGCCGCUUUGCAUGCACAUGGCCCUGACAACGCUCACGCUGGAGCUGGAGUCGGCGGCCGGCGACUACAGCCACAGCCACAGCAGGCGGGAGCGCAUGUUCGAGAAGGUGGUGACGCCGAGCGACGUGGGCAAGCUGAACCGGCUGGUGGUGCCGAAGCAGUUCGCGGAGCGCCACCUGCCGCUGCGCGGCGCGGCGGCCAGGUCGCGGGGCAUGGUGCUGUGCUUCCACGACGACGCGCGCGGCGGCGAGGCGUGGCGCUUCCGCUAUUCAUACUGGAGCAGUAGCCAGAGCUACGUCAUCACCAAGGGCUGGAGCCGCUACGUCCGCGACAAGCGGCUUGCGGCGGGGGACACCGUCGCCUUCUGCCGCGACGGCGCCAGGCUCUUCAUCGACUGCCAACGGCGGCGCAGGACUACUACUCGUAGAAGCGGAUCAGAGGGCGCGGUGGUUCUUCCGGCCCCGGCGAUUGGCGCCGCCGUGCCGCCGAUGUGCCAGCUGCAGAUGACGGUCGUCUUCCCGGCCGGCCAGCACCAGCAGGCGGCGGUGGCCAUGAAAAAAGAAACAGCUGCGGCACAACAGGAGGAUGACAACGAGGUGCAGCGGCGGCGCGGGCGGUGCCUACGGCUGUUCGGCGUCAACCUGCUGGACGAGCUUCGCACCGAGCCGCUGCUGCUUGAUCUGCAGCUUUGACGACGCCACGUACAUUAAUUAGUUUGCAUCACAGAAUUGGAUUCGAUUCUUGUAGAGCAUCGCUAGCAUGUAUAAUGCAUGAACCAUGAACUCGAGAACGCCGGUCCGGUGUUUUCAUCAUGGACAUCGAACCUAAUCCCAAUCCCCAAUUAUUAAUUGGAGCAUUACUACGACGCUA